AUGGAAGCUCAAGGACAGAACACAUCCUACUCAAUCUGCACUAAGGAGUUUCAGUGUGGAAACUUAAAUCUUCCUAGUGGCUGUUCAUUUAUUCAUUUACCAGUGAAAUCAAAUUCAGAAGCAAAAUCAAAUGAUAGUGGCUUAUUUCAUCUGUUAACUGAUGAAGUUAUACUAGGAUGGACCGUGUCUGAUGCAUGUAAUCAAUGUUAUUAUACAGGAGGCAGGUGUCAAACUGAUAAUAGUACUAACAACUUUUUUUGUUAUAAUACCAACAAAGGACAGAUAAAAGUGACGAAAGUGAUUGUUGCAGCAUUUAUCGGUUCCCUUAUUGGACUCUGCACAAUUGCCUGUGUUCUAUGGUUUUACAAGAGGAGGAAAAAUUAUUCUUCACCAUUUCUUUCAAGAAAUACAUCUGGUAUUUCAAUGAUUCAUCACGAGCUCGAGGAACGUUGUGAAUACCUAGGGAUCCCAAUAUUCUCCUAUGCAGAACUUGAAGAAGCCACCAAUAAAUUCAACUCUUCCGGACAACUUGGUGAUGGAGGCUAUGGGACUGUGUACUAUGGAAAACUUAAAGAUGGAAAAGAACUUGCAGUUAAGAGCCUUUAUGAGCACAAUCACAGGCAAAUGCAGCAGGUCAUAAAUGAACUUGAAAUUCUUACUGGCCUUAGGCAUCCGAAUCUUGUUACCCUUUAUGGAUGCACAUCAAGGCGUAGCCUUGAACUCUUCCUUGUUUAUGAGUACAUUCCCAAUGGAACAAUUGCUGAUCAUCUGCAUGGCCAUAGAGCGAAGGAUAAAUUACUAACAUGGCCUAUAAGGCUCAAAAUCGCCAUAGAAACAGCUAGUGCAUUGGCUUACCUUCAUGCUUCUGACAUCAUACACCGAGAUGUCAAGACUAAUAACAUUCUCCUGGACAAUGAUUUUUGUGUCAAAGUAGCAGAUUUUGGGCUAUCAAAACUCUUCCCCAAUGAUGUUACUCAUAUUUCAACUGCACCUCAGGGAACACCGGGAUAUGUUGAUCCUCAGUAUCAAGAAUGUUACCAGCUUACUGAUAAGAGUGAUGUUUAUAGCUUUGGGGUUGUCCUUAUCGAGCUCAUAUCAUCAAAGCCAGCUGUAGAUAUGAAUAGAGAUAUGCACGAGAUAAAUUUGGCUAACUAUGCGAUGAACAGGAUACUAAAGUGCGCGUUUGAUGAGGUGAUCGAUCCAUCUCUUGGAUUCGAGACAGAUGCUGAAGUUAGGAGGAUGACAACAUCGGUUGCAGAGCUAGCUUUUCAGUGCUUGCAAGUUGUCAAGGACAUGAGGCCUUCAAUGCAGGAAGUAUUCGAGACGUUGAAGACUAUCAAAGACGGUGAAUGGAAAAACUAUCACAAAAAGGACACCAAUAGCUAUAAUACUAAGCCAAGAACUGUAAAAGUUCAUCGUCAUCCUUCUGAAACGGAUGAUGCUGUGUUAUUGAAGAAAAAUAUCCCAGCUUCACCUGAUACUGUGAUUGAUAAAUGGGCUAGUAGCUCCACUACAACUACUACUUCAUGUUAGAUACAUACCAAGAUUAGCAUGAUAUCAUUUUUAUAGAGUUUUCUUAGCUUGUUUUAGCCUGUUUAAUUGGUUGAUGCUUAAGGCAUAGUUCAUGAACAUAGUAAAUGAAGCUUUCUUAAAGUGUUAGUUAAA